CAUUUUCACCAUAUUUCUAUAAUUCAAAACAAGAAAAAUGGCCAUCGGUGUUGAUUCCUCCAAAUGGAAACCUAGAAGUAUUUUAGGAACUCCUGCUGCAAAAUUCAGGAAUUAUCUUGCAGUAGGUGUUAUAUCUUUUGGUAUAAUAAGCGGUCUAAUAUUUCAUUAUAUUCCUACAACCAAAAACCUCCGGGCAGCUAUUACCGUUUUAUAUGAGGAUCCUAUACAAGAAGUUGAAAGAAAAAGAAUAAUUGCCAGUGGAAUGCGUUUUACAUCAGCUGAAAGUAUCAGGAAAGAAAUUGAAGAGAGUAAAAGAUUUGACCGCCCUGAUAGAUAAAAAAUUAUGAACAUAAAUAAUUCUAGUAGGUAAUGUAGAUCGUUUCUUUGUAUAAAAAUGUAAAUAAAUUAAUAAAUAAAUAAAUUUAA